AUAAAAGUGAAAAAGGGGCGAGCUUUGAGUUGGGAAUGACUUAAAUUCUUGCAGGAAGCGCACUUUCGCGAGCCCUUCUCAACUCCAAAAUUCGUCUUCGUUGCUGCAGUGCCCUACAAGCUACCGACUGCAUCAGCUUCCGGCGCCAGGAUCGGCGGCUAUUGAAGGAAGACGACAUGGGGGAGAAAGGGCAUUAUUCGGACAAAGUUGGAAAAUCUUCACUAAAAUCGUCGACUGAGAAUGGAGACGGCUCAUCAAAAUCAAAAAAAGGGAAAAAAGUUCAGUUUGAUUCUGAUGAUUCUGAUAACAAUAUUCCGAAAUAUAAUGGGAAGGGCGAUAAGCCAACUGCGAAAGGUGAUAAAACUGCAAAUGGCUCUAAGAAAGUCGCUGGAAAAGAUCUUCGACUUCAUCAAGAACUUCCUCCGAAUUCUGAGUGUUUGAUGGACUGUGAAGCUGCUGAACUCUUACAAUGCAUCCAAGAUCAUAUGGUUGUGUUAUCUCAAGAUCCAGAUAUAAAACUCCCAGUGUCAUUCGAUUUGGGAUUGGCGUAUGCUAAGAGAGGGGUGCACUAUGCCAAACCACAAACAUUGAAGAGAAUUUUUGAACCUCUUCGGAAGCUUGGUGUAUCUGAAUGUGAGAUUUGCCUGAUUGCUAACAUUUCCCCUGAAUCAGUUGAUGAAGUUUUUGCUCUGAUCCCAGCCCUCAAGGUCAAGAUGAACCGGUUGAAAGACCCCCUCCGAAUUGCAUUGGAUGAGCUAACAGCCCUGAAAGCAGCAUUGGCCAACCUGAAAGAUUUGGCAUAGGCAGUCGGUAGAAGGGCUAAGACUAGAUUUGGAUCUCUGUUGAUGAAUUUGAACAGUUUCUUUUGUUGUCCAAGGUCAGGUUUGGUUACAUGCAUCAUUCUGUGGUAAAUGAGCGGCGAGCAAUUAGGACUUUGUUGUAUCCAUAACCUCGACUAUCCUAACUCAUGGGUAUUAUAAUACCGGGCUGACUUUUCUGCUUUUGAAAAUGCUAUUUGGUGUUGCCCUUAUACUAAUAUUUUGGAUGCUAGUGUGUUAUGAAACCAUAGCAAUUUUUGGGAGCUGUAGGAUGUGAACUCUCGUACAAAUUAAUGUCUUUCUCGCUGUGCAAGAUUGCCUGUGCAUCGAAAUGUUGGCACCAAUAUACUAUCCGAUCAAUCCAUGAAAGAUGUGACCUAUUGAAUUUCACUAUCCGAACAUAUCAUUGAUUCUGGAUUGAUGCUAAAGGGAUACGGCUAGGACAUAUAUACAAGUACUAGUCUUUAACUAGGAUGGUAACGGGUGGAUUUGAGAUCUGCUUACAACCUGUCCAGGAGGCUCGUAUCAAUCGAUAUAUAUUUUAACUAGGAUGGGUUCAGAAUGAAUUUUUUCUUGGAUUCUUAUUUUCUUAGGACAUAAAUUUUAAAUCCGAAUCCGCACACCAUACAUUUUUAAUACUCAAUUGAGGUGUAUCACUUGUCUUCAUUGCCCCCACUUGCCACUUUGGAACACGAUAUUUGUCAAGAAAACAAACUCGCCCAUCUGUCUUAAAUGAAGUCUCUGUACCUUCCCUAUAAACAAUUGUAUUGGGUUGCUAGGGACAAACCUCGGAUAUCCAAAAAUGCUGCCUGUCUGGUCGAGUGGCACUUCAAUUCCAUGAUUCGAUUGACCUCUGUGUAAUUUGAGUGGUGGACUUGCGAGUGUGUUGCAGCUAGUCAAAAAUGGCAGCCUGCAACCAACCAAUGUCCACACCACCUCAGAUUAUCCCUAAAAGAGAUUGCUCUUCGAUCUUGCCUAUAAAUAUGUUUGCAAGAAGAGAAAGAGAACUCAUCUCACACUUACAUUGAACUCCAAAAUGUCGAGCAACAAGGCUUUGGUGAGGCCCUUGAUGUGGCUGCUGCUGGUGGCAUACCUUGUCACUUGCUCGGGUCGAGAGGCCGUAUACGCCGCGAAGCCAGCCACCACGAAGGUGAAGGCGAGGUCGACUGAUCCCGUAUACUAUCCCCAAGGGUGUCGUUGCUGCCAGUUCAGCUUCACCAGGCCGAUCACUUGCGUCAGUGUCUGCUGCGGUCGGACCGGGGAGAAUUGCUGCGUUUAAUCUGCUCAACACAUGUUUCGAGCAUCGAUGAUGCAUUUCUUUUCUUUUGUGUUUGUCUUUGAAUAAGUUACUACAAGCCAAGUUCAUUUCUGUCACAAGAUGUGUAGUAAGGUUUGCUGAUUACCCGUA